GACCGGUGGUGAACAUGAUGGAUUCGGUGCCGGUCACCGCGACGGGAGGGUCGAUGAACCCGUCGCAGCAGCAGCACCAGCAACAACAGCAACAGCAGGCGCAGAAGAAGGGCGUCUCGUUCGAGUUCUCGACGUCGCCGGAUCUGGAGACCGGAUUCGAGCCGCAGACCCGCGCGCGGUCCAACACAUGGCCGCUACCGCGGCCGGAGGGCUAUGUGGAGGGUAACGCGCCGGCCGCGAAGGAGGGCGCCGAGGGCGGCACGCCGCCCCAUCAGGCGCAGCUCGCCCAGGGCCUGCUGCCGGUGAAGAAGAACUCGUCGAGGAGGAACGCCUGGGGCAACCUGAGCUACGCCGACCUGAUCACCCAGGCGAUCACCAGCGCGCCCGACCAGCGGCUCACCCUCUCGCAGAUCUACGAGUGGAUGGUCCAGAACGUGUCCUACUUCAAAGACAAGGGCGACAACAACAGCAGCGCCGGUUGGAAGAAUUCUAUACGUCACAACUUGUCGCUGCACAGUAGGUUCAUGCGAGUACAGAACGAAGGUACCGGCAAGAGUUCCUGGUGGAUGAUCAAUCGCGACGCGAAGCCGGGCAAAUCCGCCCGUCGCAGAGCCACUACUAUGGAGAGCACCGGAAGUCUAGAGAAACGACGCGGCCGUUCGAAGAAGAUCGCCGACGCUCUGAGGAACGGUGGGCUGCUAGCUGAGCCCACGUCCAGUCCCAGCAGCAGCGUCGGAGAGGGUCUGGACCUGUUCCCCGACAGCCCCCUGCCGCCCGCUAGCGGAUUCCAGCUCUCCUCUGACUUCCGUCCUCGCGCCUCAAGUAAUGCAUCUUCCUGUGGCCGAUUGAGUCCUAUCCCAGCGGUUAUCGGAGAACCAGAUUGGACACCGACCUACUCUUCUUACAGCCCGGAACAGCAACUAGCAGAUUCGAUGCUAGCAGGCAACUUGGCUGAGACGAUGAAACUGGAACCCUACCAAAUAUACCAGACAUCACCGCCGGCCAGUCACCAGCAACAAACGGGCCCACCGCCGCCUUACUACGAAGCACAGUACCAGAGGAACAACGGCCUACGCACCUCGUCAUCCGCAUCCUAUGGCCUGCCACCUACUCCGCAGUCGGCCAAUCAGCAAAGAUGUCCGAUUCACGGUCUGCAACCGUGCGCCUGUCAGAUGAACCUGAGUCCCGGCAUGUCACCGUCCGGUAUGUCACCGUCGUAUCAGCAAAGUGAGCCCAGUCCUACGACAUUGGGUAGCAGUCAACAGCAAACGCUGCAAUAUAUGAUUCAGACGCAACAGCGUCAACAGCAGCAGCAACAACAGCAACAGCAGCAGCCGCCACAUCAGCCGCAGCAUCAGCCGGCACAAACUGGACCAGCUGGUCCUAGCCCGCCCAACACGCCCACACCCUGCCCCGCCACGGGGGCCAGCACGAUGAUGGGUCAGCUGAUGGGUGCGCUUAACCAUUCCACCCUUGAUGACCUCAAUAUCAGCAUCGAGGCGAUGCACGGCGGCUUCGACUGCAACGUCGAGGAAGUAAUUAGGCAUGAACUGUCGAUGGGUGGCACGCUGGACUUUAACUUCCAGCAAGGAGUAAUGGGCACCGUGCAGGUCAGCGACGGCAAUGUCGUUGGUCAGAAUGGCGGCGUCGUCUCUCAGAACACGGGCGUCGUCAUCGGCACGACGACCGGUAACGCGCCGGGUGUCUACGUAAGCACGAAUGCGGCAACCCCCGCCGCGACCCCCUCGUGGGUUCACUAGCAGUUAACCCCCCUGCCCUCGACACCCCCGUCGUCCUUGCCGAUGCCACUGUUGUCCGACGGAUCGCUGGAUAACUACUGCGGGACGACCGAAGGGCAGCUCAUCGGUGAGUUCCUUGAGUUUCAAUUUCUUGAUUUUCAAGUUAUCGCUUGUAAUCACGAUUAUUAUGCGAGACGAAACGUUGGUAGAUUAAAUCGCGCAAUUGUUGAUCACCCGAAUUUUCACUUGGGGCAAAGUUCGUGCUUAUUUCUUAGGAAAGAAUUAUAGGUAAAAAAAAUAUAUAUACAUAUAAAUAUGUCACGUAUGUAUGUAUGCAUGUAUGUACGAAACAGAAUUUAAUUUAUAACAACUCUACAUAAAAUCAUCCAUCAUGUAAGAUUUUCUAAGAGUGUCUAGGAUACAUUUAUCUAGUUUUAUCACUCUAAAGCUAUAUUCGUGAUAUAUUUAAUGAGUAUUUCACAUUAAGCUCGAAUGAUCGUCAAUAACUUCAUCGGGUAUAAUUCAUUCUAUUUUGUCAACUUUAAUAAACAAAAAGAAGUUAAACUAAUUUCUAGGCAGUAGCUUCACUUAAAUACAUUACGUAAAUGUGAAAUAAGGGAAAGACGUAAACCUAUAUGUCAUCCAUCUGUUAGAUGUUAGAGUCCGCGAAUCGAUAUAUCAUUUUCGCGGGGCUGAUUAAUCAUCCGGAACUUCACUCAGGAUCUUUCGCGAACUUUCUCUCACAUCGCGUUUUCGAUCAUGGAACUAUGAAGCGAGAAAGAUAUCCGGCGGAUGCAAGAGGGAAUGGAGGGCAGAGGGAGCGGGUCAUUGAUUGCCCCCUCGUGCACGCAAAAUAAUAUUUGCAUACUCGUGUCAUAACAGUGCUCAGCCGUAUGGUAUUUAAUAAAUCGCUUCGACGUUUUGUACCUUCCGUCCCCUGACCCUCUCGGCCCCCCGUACCCCCGCCUUCCGCCAUUUCGUACGUGCCGACACAUUCAUAUAGCGGCAACCCGUGUUCCGACGGUGUUUUGUGCGAAAUCGCUAUUGACUUGGACGCGAUAACAAUUACAUCGCCGCGGGCCGCGAAUUUUAUGGAAAGCCUUAACACAAUAUUGCUGAUCGCGAUCACGCGAAAACAGUCGCAUUUUGUUUAACGAAGGAGCAAAGCGGCGAACAAUUAUGCGCGUUCGCGAAAAAACACUCGAGCGGAUCCUCCAUUUUCUUGCGAGACUCAAGGGGUAACACGCGUGGUCUCCGCACGUUCAGCGAUACAAACGCGAGUUUCUCCAUUUCCAUGACCUAUUUGUGUCCAAAUGUAAGCUACGUAGUUGAUAAGAAAAAUGUAACUAAUGAAGCUCCUCGGCACGAAUAAUGUACUGAUAAUUAUUUUAGACAAUACUUUUGAGAAGAGUAGUUUAAUUUUCUUAGCGUUUGUAAGAAAGUUAUAUGUUACAGAGGUUAUAUACAUGUUACAAAGAAUUGUAUAGAAAUGUAAUCAGAAAAUUGGUUUCCUGGAAAUAAAAUUGAUAGAUGGAGAAUAUCCAAAGC